UAUCAGUUUACUAAGAACGUGGACACGGAGCGGCUGCUUGGAUCGAAAAUGGGCCUUGGAACACUGGACGUUGCGGGAGAGUUUCGAAAGAAUGUUCAAGUUCCUGACCGCUCUACUGUCACAUGGAAGAAUGAAGCAGACAUCAACGUCAGAGCGCCACAGGACCAGGAAACCUGCUAUAUUUCCGGCCUCGCCCUGCUCUCUCCUGGUCUCUUCCUUCUGACUGACUACGGUAACAACUGUGCCAAACUGGUGGACGUCACCACCCGCAACGUCACCUCCCGCAUCAAAAUACCACACUGUCCCUGGGAUGUAUGUGUGCUCCCUGAUAACCAGGCCGCAGUCUCUCUCCCGGGUAAGUCCAUGAUACAACUGCUGUCUACGAAAGGAGGGAAGUUGUCGCGUGGAAAGAAAAUUAAAGUAUCAUCUGAUGGUCGUGGUAUUGCGUAUUACAACAAUAGAUUAUACGUGUCUUACGCAUCAAACGCGAGUAUUGAAAUUAUGACAUUGGAUGGACAUGUUAUCAGUACAUUUCAAAAAGAUGAUGGAAGACAUAUUUUCAAAUGCCCAUACUACCUGACUGUGUCAGCUUCCACACCACCGACCCUGUAUGUGUCUGACUGUACUGCACACAACGUCCUCCAGCUGUCUCUAGACGGGAAGGCCCUAAGAGAGUACAGUGACAAGAAGCUCAAAUAUCCCCUGUCCGUAGUGGCGGUAGGUCCUGGUCAGCUGCUAGUGUGUGGGUAUGGCAGCCACAACGUGAUGCUGCUGACAGAGAGGGACGGCAAGAUGACGGAAAUACUGGGAGAUAAGGACGGAGUGACAUAUCCCUACUCUGUGUCCUUCUGUCCCUACACACGUACGAUAGUUGUCGGAAUGUUGCGUAAUGACUCAUUAAUGAAGGUGUUUAGUGUAAACUGACACUGAUUCUUCUUAGUCAUGAUUGUUGUUUCUAAGGAAGAAAUAACCAUGCAUUAAAUAUUUUUAUAAACAACUGAAAGGUUAAUGCAAAAACAUUUAUUUUACAAUUUCAGCUUGCGGUUUUGAUUUGUUGUAACAUUGUGCUAUCAAACUGAACAACCAUUUAUAUUAAAUGUAUUUUGCAGUUAUAAUAUCAUAACAUUUUUACAAGUAACUAUAAAGGAUAGUUUUAAUGAAAAUUUCCAAGUGUAAUUCCAGCUUCAAUUUGAAUAGACGGUAAAUAUUAUAAAAAGAUUUUAUACCUUCAAAUUUAAGGUAUCAAAUGAAAUGUACGAGUAUUUACAUUUAAAGAGUAUUUAUCUUGAGACGGUUGACUAAGUGAUUUUGCCUUUUAUAUUUUAAAUGUAUGUAAUAUUUCUUCAUUUAAACAUGGCUUGAAAAUAACCGAAGAUUUUACUUAAAUAUUUGAA